AUGCCCAAGCAGGCCCGCACCAAGAAAGCAGGCUCUGCCCGGCCGUCCCGCAACAACCGCAGCGCGACGCCAGCAGACAGGCAGGCCGCAAAGGCCAAGCGCAGGCUCAGGGUCGACGGCGCCACCAGGGCAAAGGACGCCGACGUGCGACUCGCGCUCGACAAGGACAUGCAGACCGUUUACCAGCUCAACCUCACCGGCCAGCCAAUAAUACCGACCAAGUCGACGCCGAGCGAGCCCACCGAUGCUUCACUGGCCGCCCUCGCAGACUCCCUCAGCGGUUUGUAG